UUAGUAGAUAAAAAAGAUUAUUCAUAAAGAUAAUCGGUAGGUGUUGCUUUUUUAUAUAUUUUUUUGCAAUCAAUGCUCUUCCUCCUGUGUACGAUUAUCGAACGAUAACAUUAAAACUACUUGUAUCUUUAUCUACACUUCAAAUUGAUCACAAACUAUUGAUACUAAUUUAUUUUAAGUCUCAGUGCUUCAAAGAACGACAACUAUUAAGGGCAGUUUUAUAACUAAUUAAAGAACCUCGCUAUUUUACCGCGAUGAAGUUUUAUGUGCUAUUAUUAUUUCUUGCCUUUGGCAAAUUAGGUUCUUCAAUUGAAUUUGAAGACUGCGGAUCAGAAUAUUAUUUAGACGAAGUUGAAAUUGAGGGUUGUACUGAAUUACCAUGUUGCCUUUUUCUUGGGGAACAACAUAGAAUAAAUAUGAAAGUUUUUUCGAGUUUUCGCAGUGAAAAUUUACACCAACAAAGUUAUUUAGUCAUCAAAACAAUUCAAGUUGAAUUAGAAGUAACCCCAGAUGAUUUAUGCGAUCAAGUUACUUGUCCUGUUUCAAAUGACUAUGAUGUUAGUUUCAGCGCUGUGAUGAAUGUUAAUCAAUCUUUCGUUCCGCUUGAAGCUGAUCUUUAUUGGAAAAUACGUAAUGAAGAAGGACUUGCUGUUCUGUGUAUGAGGACGGAUGUAAUUCUUCGAGAUAGAAACAAACCAGAGGAUAACGAAAUGUGCAAAUAAAACAAAUUAAAAGAAAUCAAAUUGAAAUUGAGAGAUUAUUGUCGGUAUACUUUUAGUUAUAUCCUUUUAGUGGUGAAGGGUUUUUAAAAAUAAAAAAAACAUCAAAUAUAAGUGGGAAAAAAUUGAAAUAAAUAAUGUGUAUUGAUUGUAAUCUCUAAUUGAAAAGACUGGUAUAUAAGGAAACCCACUACUUUAUUUGUGUAUUUAUUUUUAAUUUAUGUUUAAUAAAAAAAAAUAGGAUUUUUUA